CUGAUAUAGCGGCGCGCGGGGCGGCGCGGCCCGGCCAUGACCCUGCGGCGGCUGCGGCGGCUCCGGCCGAAGGAGGAGGAGGAUGCGGCGGCGGCCCCGGAGCGCCCCGGCCCCGCCGACGUCUACCGGGCGCUGGCGGCCGCCGGCGGUACCCUGCCCCGGGUGCGCAAGGGUGCAGGGUUCAGGUGGGCGUCCCCGAGCCAGUCCCCAGAGGAGCACAGGAGGGUGGUGACGCUGGAGAAGAAGGCAGAAGAGACCUUCGGCUUCGAGAUCCAGACCUACGGGCUGCACCACCAGGACAGGAACAGCGUGGAGAUGUUCACCUUCGUGUGCCGGGUGCACGGCGGGAGCCCGGCCGAGGCAGCAGGACUCAAGGCUGGGGACACGAUCACAGGGGUGAAUGGGCUGAACGUGGAGGGUGUCCGGCACCGUGAGAUCGUGGAGAUCAUCAAGAGCUCAGGCAACAUGCUCCGCCUUGACACGCUCUAUGGGACGUCCAUCCGGAGGGCCGAGCUGGAGGCCCGGCUGCAGUACCUGAAGCAAACGCUCUAUGAGAAGUGGGGGGAGUACCGCUCGCUGAUGGUGCAGGAGCAGCGGCUGGUGCGGGGCGUGGUGGCCAAGGACCCCAGCAUCUACGACACGCUGGAGUCGAUCCGCUGGUGCCUGCAGGGUGAGGGGGGGCUGCCCGGGGGCUCCCCCCGCGCCAGCGCCUGCGGCAGCGACGAUUCCCUCUACCAGACCUGCCUCUUCGCCUCCGCCGACUCGCUGGACCGGGACAAGGACGGCGACAAGGACGGGGACAGCGGGGGUCCCGCGCCCCCCCCGCCGCGCCCCCGGCCGGCCCUGGCCCGCAGCGCCAGCCUCAAGUGCGGCGGGGGGACGGGGGCGGCGGGGCGGCUGUGGGCCCGGGCCGGGGACCCCGGGGAGGGGGCAGCCCCCCCCCGCAAGGGCCGGCACAGCAGCUUCCGCCGGCGGCUGCUCAAGUUCAUCCCAGGACUGAACCGGGCGCUGGAGGAGGAGGAGAGCCACCUCUAGCGGGGGGCACCGCCGGGCCCCCCCAGCCCUAUUUAUUUAUUUAUUGCAAGGGGCUGCGUGCCCCCCCCCCCCCCCCCCCCGUCUUCCCCGGGGGCCGCUGGAAGGAGCUCGGGGUCGGCCCCGGGGGUCCCG